CAUAUAUUUCACAUCAUUGAUUAUGGGAAAAUCAAUAAUUUUAGGUUUAAUUAAGGAAUUCAUUGCAAAUCCUGGGUUGCAAAGAUUUUUUUUCGGUCAUUCCAUGGUAACAAUAAUCAUUAAUAAUCAUUGAAAGGGUUUCAGCUGAGGGAACACAAACACAACCCUGAUGCAAACAGAUGAUUAAGAUUUUACAAUAGUGUGAGUGAAUUCUCAUUGUCAAGAAAGAAAGAAAAAAUAUUUUCAUUUAGUGCUAAGUUUUCAAGCAAGAAGCAGUUCAGAAAAUAAGAGCUCGAGAGCAAUUUGUUUUAAAUUUAAAAUGGAUAUUUCUGAAGGCUAAAUUAAAGAAAUACAACAUAUAUUGAGAAGUUUUAAUAUAUUCCGUGGAUGCCCUGAUUUGUGAAAGUGUUUGUGGGCAAGAAAAAGAAGCAAAAAAAUUAAAAAUAUAAAAUAUUUGAUUUUUUUAAAAUUCAAAUUUGAAUUAAUUAAUAUUCUUCUCAUGACAAGAGAAUUUAAAACGUUCUCAUAAAAAUAGACAGUUUAAUUUUAAGACGAAAACAAGUGAAUCUUGUGAUUUUGUGUUACUCUUUUUAUAUUUGCUAUUCAAAAUCCAAAUUUUUUCUUCAUUAAACAUUUUGUCAUUCAUACAUACAACUUUUUAGACAUGGAAGCUAUGGAAUUGGAUUCAAUGGUUGAAUGCUAUACAGAUCCUGAAAUGGAGCAAAUGCAGCAUGAUUACGACUACAAAGAAUUUUUCAUUGAUGGCAAUAUAGAUGCUUAUGAUCAUGUUACUAAAGUCAUUCGAUACCAUCCGAAAUAUUUCGAGCAUUACAUCAAAACCCACCGGUACCUGAUGUAUGACGAUGGCCCCCUUCCUUUUCCUACACGUCAUUACUUGGCGAUAAUUGCUGCAGCACGCAAUAAAUGCAAUUAUUUGGUGAAUUUACACGAGAAAGAUUUCAUUGCUGAAGGCGGUGACAUCACAUGGCUAAAAGGAUUGGAAUUUAUUCCACAAAAGUUAUGUGCUAUUUAUGACAUCAACAAGAUAUUAGCACAUCGUCCAUGGCUUUUGACCAAAGAACAUAUUGAAGGUUUAACAAAAGGAAGCAAUAGUUGGUCACUUGCUGAAGUUGUGCACGCUAUCGUCAUCCUAGCUCAUUUUCAUUCGCUUUCAUCAUUCGUUUUCUCAUGUGGUCUCAAUCAAGAAUUGGAUGCUAGUCUCAAAAAUGGAUCGUCGGUCGAAUCUGAAACACCGCUUGGCACCGAUGACCUUGAAACGGAAUCGGAUAUAAAGCCAAGUACAACACCACCAUUCAUUCAACGUCUCAAAAUGGAACAACAACGUAUUCAUCAUCAACAUCAUCAAAAGAUGAAAGAGCAAGAAGAGAAUAGAAAAAUCUUGCAAAUGAAGAAUAGCAAUGUUGCUUCUUGUAAUGCUAGUAAUGCAGCGGCUAGUGACAAUAUAGAUAUGCUGAUGAAAAGGAUGCAGGAUCUGUCGGAAAAGAAGAAGGAAUGUAGCGAAGCUGAGCUUAACAAUCGAUUUAAGAAUGUUGAACUUCAAGCAGCACAACUCGCCACAUCAUCAAGUCAAUCAAUAAUCAAUGAUGUUCCUCCGUCCAUCAGUCAUUACGUUGACGACCCUAACUAUACAUAUCAGGAUUUCGCUCGUCGUGGUGCUGAAAAUAUUCCUCAUACCUUUCGCAUUCAAGAUUACUCCUGGGAUGAUCAUGGUUACUCAUUAGUCAAUCGACUUUAUAACGAUGUUGGCUUUUUGUUAGAUGACAAGUUUAGAGUUGCUUAUAAUUUGACAUAUAAAACCCUUGCUGGACGUCAGAAUGUCGACACAUCAAAGUUUCGUCGUGCCAUAUGGAACUACAUUCAAUGCAUCUACGGUAUUCGUCAUGAUGAUUACGAUUACGGUGAAGUUAAUAAACUUCUUGAUCGACCUCUGAAAACAUUUAUCAAAACCGCUUGUUGCUAUCCAGAUCGUAUAACAAAGCAAGAUUACGACAGCAUUCUCGUCGAAUUACUCGAUAGUGAAAAGGUUCACGUCAAUUUGAUGAUCUUGGAAGCGAAGAAUCAAGCCAUUUUGCUUUACGCUUUACGCGAACUUAACAGAUAAUGCCAAAAUCACCAAAAUGUACAACAAAACAAACAACAAAAUGAAGAUGAAGUGGAAAAACUAUGUAACGAUAUAAAAAUAUUUUAUUUACUGCAAAAGAAACAUCAAAAUUAAAAAUAAAAAAAUUAUGGUUCAGGAUGGAAAAUGAUGUAAGAAAUAUUUUCCAUCCAUCAUGUGAUAAUCAAAUUUCUAAUGAAUAUACAAACAAAAUAUAAGUUUUUAACCCUUCCAAGCAUAAAAAUAAUGUUCAAUGGCUGAUGAAUGAGUAGAAUUGUAGUUCUGCUUAUCUCAGUUUUCUUUAUUUAGAGUCUUUAUCUCUUAUUAUAUUUAAUAUUAUUAUAAUUAUUAUUUUCUUUUGGUCUCCUUAAGUCAUUUUUGUUGAUGAAUGUUAAGAAGAAAAUUUAUUUGUUAUUGAAGUUCUUCUAUUAUGAAAUUUUAUGAAAUUACAAUUUGACUUUCCAUUUGAAAUAAAAUAAUAAAAAACAAGAAAACACAAAUUAUAUUCACUCAAAUUUCGCUUGAGCUACGUAAUUUUUAAUGCUUUUCUGUCGAAUAAUUUUUAUAAAAAUGAAAUUACAAUAAAGGAUAAAGUUAAAAAGAAAAAAAAAACAUCAAGAAAACUCAAACGACA